AUGGGUGUUUCGCUACCAAAGCCUGUCAUGACGCACCUGCGGGAGCGCUGCGGGAAUGACAUAUUUCGUUGCGGCUCUAGUUGCGUUAACGGAUACCGAGAAAGUAUGGAAGAUGCACAUCUCGUCUACCUUCAACCUUCAUGGGGGUUCUUCGGUGUUUUCGACGGUCAUGUUAACGAUAAUUGUUCACAAUUUUUGGAAGGUGCUUGGAGGUCUGCCCUUGAGAAGGAAAGCAUGCCCAUGUCGGAUGACCGCAUGAAGGAGCUUACUCUCGCCAUUGACAAAGAAUGGAUGGACAAGGCCUGUGAUGGUGGGAGUACGGGUACCUUUUUCGUUGGCAUGAAAGAAAACAACACCGUUCAUCUGCAGGUGGGGAACGUGGGUGACUCGCGUGUUUUGGUUUGCGUUGACGGUAAAGCCAGGGCUAUGACGGAGGAUCACAAGCCGAACAACGCAGAUGAAAGACGCCGAAUCGAGGAGUGCGGUGGUCGUGUGGAAAGCAACCGCGUGGAUGGAAGUCUAGCUGUAAGUCGGGCCUUCGGAGAUCGGGACUAUAAGGCAAAUCCAAGUGGUGGCCAGCUUUCGCAGAAGGUCAUCGCUCUCCCAGAUGUGACUCAUGUGGACGUGACUUGGGAUAGCAAAGACUUCGCCGUACUAUGUUGUGAUGGUGUUUUUGAAGGUCAAUUUUCCAAUGAAGAGGUUGUGGACUUUAUUAAGGAACAGAUGGAACAAACGGAUGACCUCGGCCUCAUAGCCGGAAGAGUUUGCGAAGAGGCUGUCAAUCGCGGUAGUCGCGACAAUGUGUCCUGUGUCAUCGUCCAGUUUAAGAGCGGCAAAGAUUAUGCAACAGCCGAGCACCUGGAGGUAGUUCCCGGACCGUUUUCCGUCCCCCGCAACGGUACUUUCCGCAAGGUGUACAGUCUCAUGGCGGAGAAGGGGGGCAUGACAACGCAAGAGGUGCUAGAAAAGCGUUACGACUAUCUGGCAUCCCUGGAGGAUAAGACAGCGCAUAUGGAAGAGUGGAAGGGCUUCAAGGAUGGUCCACCGGCGAACCUGGAGGGAAAGGAGCGCACGGAAUGGUUUUCUGAGCUCUUCGAGCAGUACGCAGCGGAAACUCCGUCAGACCCCAGGUCGGACAACAUGGAGCGCAUCCAAAUGCUGCAGCAGCAGAUAGGCAUUCCGUUGCCCAUGUUGCUUUCCAUUAUGUCGGGGCAGUCGGAAGAAUGA